AUGACUUCAAAUCUCCAGCACACUAACUCUACUCUCCCUGAUGAGAUUCAGCACAUCAGGAGUCCUGCCACUAGGGAGGAUAGAUGCGAUGAUUGUCCACCUUCGCUUUCAGUUGGUUCAAAGCUCUGUUCCUCGUUCUCUCUUCGGUGUUCCCUCGAUCCAAUCCCAGAGAUCAAGGAUCCAUUCCGUCGUCUUCCAUGGUUCGGUCUCGAAGAGCUUCUUCUUCAUCUGCCAGACUUACCAACGUUGCAUCAAUUGUGCCAAGCUUCGCCUGCUGUUUCCGACUAUCUCAAUCACAAAACUGGAUUCUUUCCAAAGUUAGUUGAAAGGAUCAUCGACCACUGGGAUCAUGAGCGGGGUCUAAACGAAGAUACCCGUGUGUUCUUCCGGACACUGGUCUAUCUUUGGUGGAAAGAAGAGUCCGUGGCUUCAGGGAUUCCUUCGGAUGAUAAUCCAUUGCCCGUCAGUUUUCACGAUGAAUUGGUCUACAACAUUAACAUAGCAAGAGAGGGCUUCAGUGAGCCAAUCAAGGUCGGCUGCAUUCGACUUCCGCACUCAACUCCCCCAAAGAUUCUUCGUUAUCUGCUGAGCCUCGCAAGUCGCAUUCGCGGGGAUGCACACGCCUUCUUCCACGAUGCUAUGACUCUGUGCUUGUCUGCCGAUAUACAGCAGCUCGAAAAUCGGAAGUCGCCGUGGCCAAAAAACGGGACUCGACCUCCCGGGAUUCCGGUUCACAUCGGCACCAGGGCGGGAGGGUAUCCUCUCACCUGGUUGGAGGAACAGCGACUGAUGCAAGCCUUCUUGAAACCAUACAUCUUCUCGGUAUUGCGACGAAUCGUCUGCGAGAAAAAGCUACUAGAUACCAGUUCUCCUCCCCCAGACACGAAGUCCCCGCACACGUUGAUGUAUUUACAGGGGAAUUGGUUGAUUGAUUUCUGGAGGACCUUUGCCUGUUACGGUUGGAUGAGGACAGAGCCGAUAGAACAGCUAGAGACUGUGCUGUCUUGGAUGCACGAAAACAAACCACGCAAGCGAGCAGCAAAGUUUACAAUAUGUUGCCCGAAAUUUACCUCGCUGAGCGACUGCCAACGCUCGCGUGGCUUGGAUAAUCUCCAACACAUCUACCUCCCAGGCUGCUUCUUUGCACAGACUUGCUCAGCGGUGCCUCAAUCCGGUGUCAAAAUCGCCGGCUUCCGCGGAGAAUUCCAGAGGUUUGGUGUCAGCUUCUGGGAUAUUGAAAGAAUGCUCUGGUUAGGACUUGCCCUUCCACGGAUGGACCGCUACUUGGAGCGCAAAGACCUUGCCUUUCGGUGGUCGUCUCUGCUUCUAUCAACGAAUCGAGAUGCAACCAAAAAUACCGGAAAGACGAAUGGCCUCCGAUUCCGCAGCAAAACCAAGCCUAUCAGUAUAGGCAACAAGGUCUCGACUCAUGGUACAUCUGAAGUAUGCAAGACAGUUUCUUGA